CUGAUACCAAGUAACUUUUUAAGAAAAAUUUAUUAAAUAUUUCGUGGCGUCAUGUCUAUGUCCACAAGCACCUACAACCGACAGAACUGGGAAGACGCCGAAUUCUGUUAAUGGACAUCGGACUCAACAAAUUCAAAACAAAUCGCUCGCGUUAAAACGUUUCUCACAGUCCUCACCAUCGACCAUCGUUAGCCACCUGCACAAUGGGCGAGUUCUUCAAGUCGCUGAACUUCAGCUACUUUAACACCAGCGACGGCAACACAGCUGCCAACGGGGCUGCAGGAGGAGCUGCAGCAGCCACAAACAGUGGCAGACUGGACAACGAAUACGUCGGCCAGCUCGUCGAAAUUGGGGGCCACAAGCUGCGCAUCAAGUGCGUCAUAGCCGAAGGCGGCUACGCGUUCGUGUAUGUCGCACAAGAUGUGCAAACUGGCACCGAAUACGCCCUCAAGCGCUUGAUUGGGGCCGACCAGCAGGCCUGCACUGCCAUCGCCAGCGAAAUUGACGUCCACAAGCAGCUCUCGGGCAAUGCGAACAUUGUGGCCUUCGUCGGAUCCAGCUACGUAGCCCCGGCACCACAGCAGCCCCAGCAAGGCGUUCAGUAUCUGCUGCUGACGGAACUCUGCAAGGGCGGCUCUCUGGUGGACUGUUUUAAGGUGGACAAUGGGGCCAUUGACCCGCCAGUCGUGCUGCGAAUUUUCUAUCAAAUGGCACGGGCCGUUGCAUACAUGCACGCACAGGAGCCGCCCAUUGCCCACCGGGACAUAAAGAUCGAAAACUUCCUGAUCGGUAACGACAAGCAGAUCAAGCUGUGCGAUUUUGGCUCUGCAACCAGAGAAAUACUCUCCCCCACAUUCGAAUGGAGUGCUCACCAGCGUAACAUGCUGGAGGACCAGCUGAACACUGUGACGACGCCGAUGUACCGCGCACCCGAAAUGCUGGACACCUGGUCGAACAAUCCGAUAGGCACCAAGGCAGAUGUCUGGGCCCUGGGAUGCAUUCUCUACUUCCUGUGCUAUCGAAGACACCCGUACGAGGAUGGGGGCAAACUGCGCAUCAUUAAUGCAAACUACAUACUGCCGCCCGAGCCACGAUAUCAGUGCUUCCGUGAUAUCAUCAAAGGCUGCUUCAAAGUCAAUCCCGUUGAGCGUCUGGACAUCUCCAUGGUACUCGAGCGUCUGGCGGCCAUAGCGGAGACAAACAACUGGUCCCUGAAAGGGCCCCUAGACCUGCGGGGGAUCCCAAUCACGUCAUCGCCGUCCGAAAGUCCGGCACGAAGUACACCCACACAAUCAGAAUUUUAUUCCGUUGCACCGCCUGCCGCUGCAGCGCAAGUUGCGCCCGUCGCAGCCGCGACUGCUUCAAUCAAUGGACAAGGAAGUUUGCUGUCAUCGCUUCGCGGAGGAGCUGGAACGCUGUUCAAGAACCUAAAAGACACCUCCACUAAGGUCAUGCAGACAAUGCAGCAGUCCAUAGCACGUAAUGAUCUCGAUAUCAGCCACAUUACAUCGAGGAUUCUGGUCAUGCCCUGCCCAUCGGAUGGCUUCGAGUCGGCCUACAAGACGAACAACAUCGAAGACGUCCGCCUAUCCCUUGAGAGUCGCUUCGCCCCUCAGAAGAUUAGUAUUUACAACUUUGGACAGCGCACUGUUCCGAGACUCCCACCCCCUGUGCGAACGGUGGAAGCAGGCUCCGUAUAUGGUUGCCCCCAGGCACAUGCUCCCAACCUGCAGGGUCUGUUUACUGUGUCCGCGGACAUUUACAACUUCCUCAACGCAGAUCCAAAGUCGGUUGUGGUCGUGCAAACUGGCGACUCGGGAGGAUGCACAGCUGCCACCGUGAUCUGUGCACUGCUCAUGUAUGCGGACCUUCUUCACGAGCCAGAGGACGCUGUGCAGGUGUUUGCGGUCAAGCGACACACCAUCAAUCUGCGUCCUUCGGAAUUUCGUUUUCUGUAUUACUUUGGCGACAUCCUACGCCCGACUCCACUUCUGCCUCACUACAAGAACACCAAUCUGGUGGCGCUCACCUGCCAGCCCGUUCCACGAAUGACCAAGGCACGGGACGGCUGCCGAAUCUACAUGGAGAUCUACUGCAACGAGAAGAUGAUGCUCAGCACCCUGCAGGACUACGACAAGAUGCGUCUGCACCUGGCCGGCCCUGGAAAAAUUGUGCUGCCCAUUAAUCUGACCGUAUGCGGCGAAGUGACAAUAGUAUUAUACCACGCUCGGAAUGCACUAAAGGGGAUGGUGCGGCCCCAAGGCCUGAAGAUCUGUCAGUUUCAAAUCCACACGGGCUUCAUUCCCGAGCCGGAGACCUUGAUAACGUUCAGGAGUCACGACCUUGACGACUUGCCAGAUCCUGAGCAGGUGACGCCGAACUUUUGCGUCUCGCUAUCGCUGGCUGUGACAGAGUCGGAGAGCCCGCCCAGCCACAAGCCCCCAUGGAUACCAGCCAAGCCAAAACGAUCGGCGCACACCUUGUUCAGUUCAGACCUGGAAUAUGCCGAGAUGCUGGACAAUUUCGUGACAAAGCCAACCACGCGUCCGUUGCCGCCACCGGCGAGGAAACCAGAGCGGUCCAGCUCUCCGCUUGUAUUGCCCGACGUCACCGAAAUAGCUCAUGAUACUCCCGCUGCUGUGCCGGAGCCCUCGCCGCCCAUCGAUUUGCUUAAUCUAAACCAGCAGCCGAGUGACGCACCAGCAGCAGAUCCCCUAGCAAGCGCCAUGCCCAGCACUGAUGCCAGCUUUGACCUGCUGGGGGCCUUCGGCGAUGAUGACUCUACUGGCAUUGGGUCGACUUCAGUCCCAGACAUCCUUCCUCCACCGCCGCAGGCACAACUGCCAAAAAUCAACGCUGACCUGUUCGACAUCUUCGGCGCAGCAGACCAAAACAGUACUCCUAGCCUAAAGCCCUCGACUAGUGCAGGACUUCCACCCUUUGUGGGAUCUGUUCCGACUUUUACAAGCCAACCAGCUCCUGCCAGAAAAAAUCCGUCGCCCACACAGUCCCAAAAGCCUUCAGACCCCUUUGCGGAUAUUGCUAACCUAGCUUCAGGUCUCAACAUAAACUUCAAUCCGCGUACACUAAGUGGACAAUCGCCGGUGGGCAGCAGUCCCCAGCCGACGCAGUUCUCGAGCCCCACGCACAAGCCUUUGGCCCAAUCCCAGCAGCAAGCCCAGCCCCAGACCCAGCCGCAACCGCAACCAGCAUUUGUGAAGACGCCGCCACAGCCACAGCCAACGUUUGUAAAGACUCCUCCGCCACAGCAGACCACACCUGCUCAAGGACGUGCGGACUAUAGUCGCGCACACUUCGAUUCAUCAAAAGGACCGCAGCAGGCGACAGGUGGAGGGGUUAAGGGCUCUGAUAUUUUUGCAGACAUCCUGGGUCAGCAGGGAUACUCGUUUGGCAGCAAAAUGAGUCACGGUCCACGGUCCAUCAAUGAAAUGCGCAAAGAAGAGCUCGUCAAGGACAUGGACCCCAAGAAAGUUCGCAUAAUGGAAUGGACUGAUGGUAAAAAGAACAACAUUCGAGCUCUUCUCAGCUCCAUGCAUUCGGUGCUGUGGGAGAACGCCAAAUGGCAGCGGUGUGAAAUGUCUACCAUGGUGACACCUGCCGAGGUGAAGAAGGCCUAUCGUCGUGCUUGUUUGGCCGUGCAUCCUGACAAGCAUAAUGGCACAGAGAACGAGGAGAUUGCCAAGCUCAUUUUUAUGGAACUGAACAAUGCGUGGACAGAUUUUGAAAACGAUGCCACGCAGCAGAAUAUGUUCAAUGCGUAAAACGCGUCCCAAAUCUAUAGAUAUGCCGAUCUUUUUAGCUUAGUUCUAAUUAUGCUACCAAUAGCUGAAAAUAGUGUAAAGCCAUUUUAGAGUGUAAGCCUAAGUAUGUGAA